CCACCAUUAUAUAAAAAAAUAAAAAUUGAUAAUUUUUUAAUUUAGAUAAAUACAGUAUAUCCGUUGGCUCUUAACCACCACUCCUCCUCCUCCUCCUCCUCUUCCUUCACCUCCACCACCACCACCCAUUUCUAUUCCAUGGCUGAGUUGACUCAGCCCGAGGUCGUCUACUCACCUCGCUCUCUUCAACUAUGGAGGACGCUCUGGAACUGGCUCGCUUUCCUCUUCCAGAUCUUCCUCCAGAUCCUCAGAGCCUUAGGCCACCUUCCUCUGCUUUCUUCUUCUUCUUCCUCUUCUAACUCUUUCAAGCCUUUGCCAGUCGUUGAGUUGCUGGAAACUGACUCUUCCGACACUCUUGAGAUCACCGCCGGCCCUGACUCCGUUCCUGUCGAUGAGCCUGUCAAAAAACUUACGGUGGUUCUUGACUUGGAUGAAACUCUAGUAUGUGCAUAUGAGACAUGUAGUUUGCCAGCUAUUCUACGUAAUCAAGCAACAGAAGCUGGACUGAAGUGGUUUGAACUGGAAUGCGUAUCUUCAGACAAGGAAUGUGAAGGGAAACCUAAGAUCAAUUAUGUUACGGUGUUUGAGCGUCCAGGGUUAGCUGAAUUCCUAAAACAACUGAGUGAAUUUGCUGAUCUUGUUCUGUUUACUGCUGGCCUUGAAGGUUACGCUAAGCCCCUUGUUGACAGAAUAGAUACAGAAAAUCUAUUUAGUCUUCGCCUUUAUCGGCCUUCAACAAUUAGCACGGAGUAUAGGGAGCAUGUGAAGGAUCUGUCUUGCCUAUCAAAGGAUCCUUGCCGGACUGUUAUAGUUGACAACAAUCCAUUUAGUUUCUUGUUGCAACCAUUGAAUGGAAUUCCAUGUGUUCCUUUUACUGCGGGUCAACCAUAUGAUACACAGCUUCUGGAUGUACUCCUUCCGCUCCUUAAGCACCUCUCUAAUCAGAAAGACGUGAGACCUGUGCUAUAUGAAAGAUUCCACAUGCCUGAAUGGUUUCAAAAGCAGGGGAUCCCUGCUUCUGGCCAGACAUAGUAGGAUAAAGAUAGAAUGCAAAUGAAAGCCACAAUCCUUUUACUAUCCACAGGCAGCAUUUUGUGUGGAACACAACUUUUUGUAUAUAGGUUUAAUUUGUAUGCCAGAGGAAUUCAUGAAUGUCAAAGCUCAUGUAGUUUUGGGAAAAGGAUUCAUCUGCUGCUUUCGUUGGCCAAAUAGGCACAAAAGUUAUUUCUGUAGAUUUGUUAAUACUCUGAUUCUUAUUGUAAUUCUGUUUAUAUGUUUGCAAUCUGGUGAAUGUUUAUGUAUCUUUCUCAGUUCUGUAAAUUGUACUUUUAUCAAUGAUUAUUAGUAGUUCACACUUUUCA